AUGUCUGAUUCAGACCAUUCAGAACACAGUGGCGCCGAUACCCAUAAAUCCGCCGAUACUGGUGAUUCCGCGCAACCUAAGAACACCACUUUUCGAGGUUCCAAAUCAGAGUUUCAUACCUAUCUUGUCGUCUCCAAUAUUAGGAACCAUGACAACCAAAAUGUUCGAGUUGUCACUCUUGAGCAAGAGUUUUCUAAUCGUAUGAAGGAUUUUCCCAAUGUCUCUCCUUACUGUCAGCGUCUUAAGAUGUUUUCUGAUCAGUUAAGAAAUGUCGGCUCCCUUGUCAAAAAUCAUCGUCUGGUCCUUCAGCUGAUCUCUGGUCUCCCAGAAGCUUACCACAGUGUUGCUACUUUGAUUCGCCAGAGCAACCCUCUUCCGGCAUUCUAUCAGGCUCGUUCCAUGCUCACUUUAGAAGAAGCCGGUAUGGCUAAGAUGGCAAACACAUGCUCUCAUGCUGCUAUGCACACCACUCAUCCGAAACCUACUGAAGACACCUCUCAGCGUGACAACCGUUCUCGCUCCCAUGGCAACUAG